GGCCGCUGCCGCCGCUGCCGCCGUCGCCGCGCAGAGCCGGAGCAGGAGCCACGGCCGAGAAGAGGGAGGAGGUGGAGGAGGAGGUGGAGGAGGCGCCGGACCGGGGGGGAUUGUCAGUAUUUAAACAGACCACAUCAUGCGUGAGUACAAGCUAGUGGUCCUUGGUUCAGGAGGCGUGGGGAAGUCUGCUCUGACAGUUCAGUUUGUUCAGGGAAUUUUUGUUGAAAAAUAUGACCCAACGAUAGAAGAUUCCUACAGAAAGCAAGUUGAAGUAGAUUGCCAACAGUGUAUGCUUGAGAUCCUGGACACAGCAGGAACAGAGCAAUUUACAGCAAUGAGGGAUUUGUAUAUGAAGAAUGGCCAAGGGUUUGCACUAGUAUAUUCUAUCACAGCUCAGUCCACGUUUAAUGACUUACAGGACCUGAGGGAACAGAUUUUACGGGUUAAGGACACAGAAGAUGUUCCAAUGAUUUUGGUUGGCAAUAAAUGUGACCUGGAAGAUGAGCGAGUAGUUGGCAAAGAACAGGGUCAGAAUUUAGCAAGACAGUGGUGUAACUGUGCCUUUUUAGAAUCUUCUGCAAAGUCAAAGAUCAACGUUAAUGAGAUAUUUUAUGACCUGGUCAGACAGAUAAAUAGAAAAACACCAGUGGAAAAGAAGAAGCCUAAAAAGAAAUCAUGUCUGCUGCUUUAGACCCACAGUAAGCAGCAGCUCUGAGCCAGAUUACAGGAAUGAAGAACUGUUGCCUAAUCGGGAAGUGCCAGCAUUCCAGACCUUCAAAAAUUAAAUCUGAUGAAGAGGCUUCUCCUGUUUUAUAUAUUAUGUGAAGAAUUUAAAUCUUGUAUUGGUUUGCACAAACUCCCUGGAGAAAAAAAAUUGCUCUGUGUAUAUCUCUUGGAAAAUAAGACAAUAGUAUUUCUCCUUUGCAAUAGCAGUUAUAACAGAUGUGAAAAUAAAUAUACUUGACUCUAAUAUGAUUAUACAAAAGAGCAUGGAUGCAUUUCAAAUGUUAGAUAUUGCUACUAUAAUCAGAUGAUUUCAUAUUGACCUUUUUAUCAUGAUUCCUCCCUGUCAAGCACUAAAAAGUUGAACCAUUAUACUUUAUAUCUGUAAUGAUAUAGAUUAUGAAAUUUCCCCUGAAACUCAUUGCAGCAGAUAACUUUUUGAGUCAUUGACUUCAUUUUAUAUUUAAAAAAUUACGAAAUAUCAUUCUGUCAUUAUAUUCUAAUUAAAAUUGUUUGUGCAUAAUGCUUUGGAAAAAUGGGUCUUUUAUAGGAAAAAAAAACUGGGAUAACUGAUUUCUAUGGCUUUCAAAGCUAAAAUAUAUAAUAUACUAAACCAACUCUAAUAUUGCUUCUUGUGUUUUACUGUCAGAUUAAAUUACAGCUUUUAUGGAUGAUUAAAUUUUAGUACAUUUUCA